UCUGCUUCUUUAAUAUUUUUCAGAUUGGAUUAUGGAAAGAAGCGUGGAAGCAACAGAGAGGAGAGGGAGAGGGAGCGACUGAAGCACAAGUACAAGAAGGAGUUCAAGGGCGCUCUGAGGGAGAUCAGGAAGGACACGCGCUUCCUGGCCAGAGAGAAGCUCAACGAGGUCAUGGACAGAGAUUCGGAGAGAAAGAAGAAGGUGAGGGAGCUCUUCGGAAGCUUAGCCACUCAGGAGGGAGAGUGGAAGGCCCUGAAGAGGAGGAAAAACAAGUAGAAGUCUUCAUCGCGUCUCUCCAUCACCUGUUUCCCGUCAUAUGGACAUCCAACAGCCUGUACAAGGUUGAAUUUGGUGGAACUGGGAACUGUUUUGUGCUUAAAAGAUUCAUUUUGAAUCACAAGAGGAUACAUUUACCUUCUUUAUUGCAACAUGCAUUUUAGACUGUCAAAUCGCUGUCAGAAAUGCAAAGAGUUGUCAAAUAUUAUGAUGUAGGCGUUGGAUGUGACGAUUGGGAUACUGUUGUUGGACGUGUCAGUCAACACAACAGAGAUUACUGGGUUUUCUUAUUCCUUUAUUCUCCUCAGAAACCAUCCCUAUUAUGUGCUUGAAUACAGAACAAAUAAAUGACUGUUCUUUUCCAUCAAUAAUUGUUAUGUUUCUCCAGUUAAGUCAAUAUUUAGGUUUAUUCCAACCCUGAUGAAUAUGUAAAAUCAUUACUAAGUCAAAUGCUCGGGAGAGGGCAAUGCUAACGACAUGAUUUGAACUGUUACAUAAAAUGUGUGCAUUGCUCA